AUGCAGAUAGAAGAUAUCCUCUUGAAAGGAAUACAACAGAAGAGGCAGAAAAAAGCACCAAAGGAAUGUGUUGAUUAUGAAGUUGAUGGAGAGAAGCUUGCGCAUCUUGAUGGAUUCGAAACGUUAAGAGCAAAACUACCAUUUGAAUCACCUCUCUUGGUUCAAAAGAUUGUAAUUCCAUACUUUCUUAAUGAUAUCAAUGUGAUUGUUAGAGCAUUUACAGGUAGUGGUAAAACACUGAGUUAUUGCCUGCCACUUGUAGAGCUUGGGAUGCAAAAGAGUAUCUUUGGUAUUGUGAUUGUGCCUAGUGCCGUGCUUGUGAAGCAGGUGCUAAUGUGCCUGGAUGAAAUCAAAUGCAAGGAUAUGCGCAUAAAGGGUGUUUAUACACAUGCAAAUGGAAUAAAAGUAUUGCAGUGUAAGAGCAACAGGAUAAUUGAUGAGGAAAUACUUGCUGUGCACAAAAUUAUUGAAGAUGAAUUUGUUCAUACAAAUGCAAAGGUUUUGGUAAUAACACCUGAUGGAUUAUUGAAGAUGCUUGAUAAUGUAAAGAUAAGUGAUGUUACGCAUUUUGUAAUAGAUGAAGCAGAUUAUCUAAUCUGCAAAGACUCGAUUGAACAGUUUGGACAGAUUCUCAAGGCAGUGGAUCUUCGAAGAAUACAUGUCAGCUGCUUCAGUGCAACUAUCAACGAAUAUGUUACCGAAGUGAUGGAUAUGAUUUCGAAUGUUACUAAGAUACACAUAUGGUCAAAAAGAUAUUUUGAUCAUGAAUUUGUGUUUGGAACCAACAGAAGCAUAAAACAUCUUGCUUUGAUGCAGUUGAUCGCUGACGGUGUUGAAUCACCAGCAUUAAUUUUUGUCAGAGAUGAAGCAACAGGACAGAUGCUCAGCAAUAUGCUUGAAAAAAGUGCAGUAUAUACAGAAUGCAAAUGCCAACAAAAAGAAAGUAAGUGCAAAGGAGAUAUUGGUUGCACAGAGCAUUGUUUACCAGAUAUGAGCAUUAUUGAUGACUUCCGCAUGAAGAAGAUUUGGUAUUUGUUUGCAACAGACUCCCUGAGCAGAGGCGUUGACUUUUGCAAUGUUAGAAGUGUUAUUAACUAUGACAUUCCAGACACAAAGACACAGUUUGUGCAUAGAGCUGGCAGAGUUAACAGAAACUGCACUGGACAGAAGAUAUAUAGUAUUUAUUCACGUGAAGAUUUUGAGAGGAUGGGUAUUGUAGUAGACUUUCUUGAGGAAAAUAGGCACAAGGUGCCUGAGCACAUUUCAAAGAUUGCAGGCAGAACUGUAAAGCAAUUGCAAUAA